AUGGCCUCAUCUACGUUCAACUUUGACAUGGUGGUACUUGCAGUGGAAGAACGUUCGCAUGGGGAUGAGGAAGAAGAUGAGUGGGAAGACAUUGAGUGGGACGAGGACAUUCGAGAGGAGCUGGAUGAAGACCUUGAUUGUGUCGACGACAUCGACAUCGACUUCUCGGUCGAAUCAGCAUAG